UUUUUUUUUUCUAUCCUUUUCUCUCUUUUUCCUUUUCUUUAUUAUUAUUAUUAAUAAUAAAUGUCUACACCUGUCGAUAAUAGUACAUCUCAAGCAGCUCAAGCUCAAGCAGCCGCUAUGAACAUGCUUGACUUGGUAAAGAAUAAAGCCAACUAUUAUUUAACUUCCUUGGAUAGAGAGCUUAGUAAACACGAGUGUGCUAAUGAAAUUGAACGUCGUACUGGUUUGCCCAAGGCCUAUGUUGUCCUUGGUACUGCCUUUGUUUGUGUUUUGAUGAUUUUCUUUAAUCUUGCCGCUCAACUAUUAACAAAUGCUCUUGCUUGGGUUUAUCCUUCUUAUGCUUCAUUCAAGGCUAUCGAAUCUCCUUCAACUACGGAUGAUACUCAAUGGUUGACUUAUUGGACAGUGCUUGGUUUUGUUCAAAUAAUUGAAUACUUUUCUGAUAUUUUGCUUUAUUGGUUCCCCUUCUAUUAUACUUUUAAGACUAUUUUCAUUCUUUGGCUUAUCUUGCCUCAAUUUAGAGGUGCUCAAUUUGUUUAUGAACGUUUCUUACGUCCUUUCCUUUUGAAUGCUCAACCUAGUAUUGAACGUCAUACUAACGCAUAUACAAGUCAAUUUGGUGCUACACCUGUCGAAAAGACUCAGUAAUGGAUUACAUAAUUCAUUCUUCUUUUUUUUUUUCCUCCUUUGUUGUUUCAUAAUAUAGACAUAAAUUUCUAUUACAUAUAUGAAUAUGUAUAUGUAUAAGAAUACAACUAUAUGAUUUCUAUACUGCAUAAAGAAGAUUGUAUAGAUACAUGUCUUUUUCUUUUAAAUUAUUUUAGAUGUAUGAAAUAAAUCAUAUCUCCGAGUUAUUUAUAUAUGAAACAUAAAAAAUAAUAGAAAC